UCACGUUGAAGCACUUCCGUCAGCUUUGACUCUAAACCAACCUAAGGGGGCUGUCGCGUCGCGUGGUCACAGUGAACAUCCCCUGUUUCCUCAUUAACGCGAACUAAGUGUGUACCCUCUCCAAAGUACGGGUACCUUACCGUAAAUUGUCAUCAGAAACCUGUACCUGCACUGUAUCUGAGCAUUCAAUCUCAUCCAUCCAUCCACCCAUCCACCCAUCCAUUCCCAUACCCAUUGUUCUUAUUAUCAACACUCAUCGAUUUUGGACUUGGCUAGACUUUGAAGAACUACAUCCGUGCUUUGUUAGCCUUGCUUUCAUACUACUUCUUUACCACUCUUGUAACUUCUUCUCUUUUUUUGUCCUUUACAUCACAGACAUGGCUCCUGCUCGACAACAACCGGCGCCACCGCCGUUCAGCAAAGAUGAAAAAGUGCUCUGUUUCCACAUGGACAUGCUCUACGAAGCCAAGAUUAUGGAUGUUCAACCAGGUGAGAAGCCCAGUGACGGAUACAAGUACAAAGUCCACUACAAGGGGUGGAAGAACACCUGGGACGACUGGGUGCUGGUUGACCGUAUCCGGCCAUUUGACGAUGAGCACAAAGAGCUGGCUGCACAGUUGCACGCGCAGUUGAAGCAUAACAUCCAACGAAGCACUAAGCAGCCGAAAAAGGGCCUGAGAAGUGGUGCUGAGUCUGCUAGAGUCAGCGAGGAGCGAUCAGGCUCUGCCACUGUUCAAGGAGGCAGGGGAGGAAGACGAGGCAAAGACUGGGAAUUGGAACAGGAGGAUGCUUUCCACAACAAACCUAUGAUCAAACUCCCGGUGCCCGACCACAUUCAAGCGAUGCUGGUUGAUGACUGGGAAAACAUCACCAAGAACAACCAGCUUGUCCCUCUUCCUCACAAUAAGCCAGUCACCAAGAUAUUUGAAGACUAUCUUGCCCAUGAGCGUCCACACCGCGAGGAGGGAUCGUCCAGCAUGGACAUCUUGGAGGAAGUCGUCGCAGGCUUCCGCGAGUACUUCGAGAAGGCUCUUAGCAGAAUCCUGCUGUACCGUUUCGAGCGCCAUCAGUACAUGGACCUCAAGAAGCUCUGGGAGAACACUGAGGCGAAUCCAGAAAUCACCAAUGUCUGCGAUGUCUAUGGCGCUGAGCAUCUUGCUCGACUAAUUGUCUCUCUCCCCGAACUGUUGGCGCAGACCAACAUGGACCAGCAGUCCGUGUCCCGUCUUCGAGAGGAGAUAGGAAAGUUCAACGUCUGGCUAGGACGUAACUGCGAGACAUAUUUUGUCAAUGAGUACGAGACUCCCAGCCAGGAGUAUAUUGACAAGGCUCGUAGCUUCUGAACAGCACAAUUUACCAAGGAAACCAUAGUUUCUAGUACCAGGGCUUUUGCCUUGGGCGCCGUCUGCUCCACCACUUCAGACUGUGUUUCCUGGGGCAAUAUCAGGCUGUAAGCUCUGGUAGAUGGGCAGCGAGGGACAAACUAGGAGUUUCACUCACAUUAUGACCCAUUUUGGGGUAAUAUGACUCGCGGUUGGGAUAAAGGAGGGCUAGACACGCAAUUGUGAGAUAGUUGGGGUAUUCGUGAUACAUCUUGUAAUGAGUAUCGUGUUCAGGGUGUUUAGGGUCUCAAUGCGAUAAUUCUUGUAUUUCAUUUCUCCAUCCAAAGCAACUUGUGAAUUAAAACUUGAUGUGUCUUGAUCGCACUUCUAUAGUUUCGUCCUAUCUUGCACCAGCUUUUAUACAAGGGUCAUUAUAGUAUAGUACACUCCCAUUUCUCUUCCUUGGUAUCAUCACAUAUUUUUACAUUCUUGGCACAGCCUUCUCAAUAUAGAACCCGGGAUCCGGCGUCCGCGCA